AGCGUCCGCGGAGCAGCAGCAGCCGCAGCCUGGAUCCGCAGAGAGGUACUAAAACAAUGAUGGAUCUACUGACUGCUACCCCUUUCUACUACUUCAAUGCAACAGAUGACAGUGUUGGGAAUGACUCUUUAUACGACGACGAGGACUACGACUACAGGGACGAGCACACCUUCAAGGACGAGCACGCCGAGCUGAGACAGUCCCUCAACAUCAUGUCUCUCAUCGUUUACUGCCUGGCCUUUGUGCUGGGCGUGCUCGGGAAUGGAGUGGUUAUCUGGGUGACCGGAUUCAAGAUGAAGAAAACCGUCAACACGGUUUGGUUUCUCAACCUGGCGGUGGCCGACUUCCUCUUCACGGCGUUCCUGCCCCUGAGCGUCACCUACACGGCCAUGGAUUUCCACUGGCCCUUUGGCAAGUUCAUGUGCAAGCUGAACACCACGAUAAGCUUCCUGAACAUGUUCGCCAGCGUCUACAUCCUGGUGGUGAUCAGCGUGGACAGAUGUGUGUCCGUGGUGUGGCCCGUCUGGGCCCAGAACCACCGGAACGUGCGCAAAGCGUCGGGCGUGAGCCUGGGUGUCUGGGUCCUGGCUCUGAUUCUCAGCUCCCCGUACUUCAUCUUCAGGGACACCGGGCCGUCGUACCACAACGAAGACAUCAUCAACUGCUUCAACAACUUCGCGCUCUCCGACGACUACGAGACCCCGUCCGUGAACGAGCUGCGCCAGUUCCGCCACCAGGCGAUGACCGUCACCCGCUUCCUGCUGGGUUUCGUGGUUCCCUUCACCGUCAUCGUCUCCUGCUAUGCCGUCAUAAUCCACCGGCUGAGAAGAAACCCGACCCUGGCCAGCCAAUCGAGUCGCCCCUUCAAGAUCAUCGCUGCCAUCAUCAUCACUUUUUUCCUGUGCUGGGCUCCGUUCCACGUCAUGGGGCUGAUCGAGCUGGUGAAUCACAUGUCAAAUUACACCAGCAUGACCCUGGACCACGUCAUCACCAUCGGCGUCCCGAUCGCCACGAGCCUGGCCUUUCUCAACAGCUGCCUGAAUCCGCUGCUCUACGUGUUCAUGGGACAAGAUUUCAAGGAUAAAGUCCGCAAGUCCAUCCUGAAUGUGCUGGAGAACGCCUUCCAGGAGGAGGUGUCUCGCUCCUACACCUGCACAAACUCCAUGGUGACCAGUCGGAGCAAAGACAAGUCUGUUUCCGAUGCCGAGGUGUGAGGACGUCCCUAUUGUCAAAAAAACAACUACUUAAACCUGUAUAUAGUCAAAUAACUGUACAUAACUCAUUCCUUUUUUACCUUCUCUCUGCAGUUCUUCAACAGGAUGCUUUCAAACACAAAACUUUGUGUCACCUUCAGAUUGAAGUAGUUUUGUGAUCUUUUUACUAAGAUCUAAAGUAUGCUUCCUCUUUCAAGACAUUAUACCAUGUUGUUGUGUUUUUUUAAAACUCAGUUAUUUAUGAGUUAUGAGUGUUCAUAAGAAAAAAAAAAACACAUAAAUGCAGAAUUUUUAUUUUCCCGCAUACUUAUCAUUAUGUAAUUUGAGCAUCCAAAGUUUCAAAAAUGUGUUGGCUACUAGGAUUGUUUGUUUGCUUUAUCAAUUGUGUCUUCAGCUGCAAAAGCAACAUAGCAAUGUCAUUUAGUUGUUUAUGUUCGAACUAAUCAGAAUAAUGCAAGAAUUAUUGUUGUACAUAGAACAUGAUGCCUGAACAUUUUGUAUUUACACUGAGCAGAAAGCUGAAACCUGCAGUGUUUAACCUCUGUCCCCCUCUGCUGCCAGCGAGAGUGAUGACAGCAACACGCUCAGGGAAUCACACCACAGGCUAUUAUUGAUCAGACUGAAAGAUUCCCUUAGUCAGCAGUAGAGUGGACAUAUUCACAAUUCAGUAAUUUUAUCUUUAUUCAAUGUUUUCUAUGUGUAAAAAUGGAAAUUCAUACCUUGGUCAGUUAAAUCGACUGCAAUACAAAUUCUAUUCAUUGCUGGGGCCCAGAUAUGUAAAAUCUCACAAAAUGGUUUUAAACUAAAAAAAAAAAAAAAAAAAAAA